GGGAUCAAGAGCUUGGCGUUAAAUGUGUGGGCGGAGUUGAGCGCUUUCAAAAACAGGACGAUUGUGAGUAGCUGUUGAGGUUUUUACGCCGUUUCCCUCCACAAAUCAAACAAAGAUAUGGUGGAAUUACGUUUUGCACAAAAAUGCAUUGAACUCCAAUGACAGAAGCUGUGUCUCCUUUUUCAAAGGAGGGGGCCACGUGCUGAAAAAUGACCACCAGACCCUGUCUAUGAAAAUGCAUCUAAUGAUGAGAUUUGAAGCAUCAAAGUGUUCCUUGCAUUGGGAAAGAGUUUCCAAAAUAGCCAUGAAACCCCCUGGAGAAGAAGAAAAUCAGCGUUUGGGGAAGUUGCUGUUAAACACCUUGGCGAGAGAAAUGCGCCUGUGGAGGACACCGGUCUUAAAGCAUGGAUUCAUUCAGGGUUCAGAUAUUGGCCCAUCGCAGUACCAGGAGGUGAUCGUGUGGUUGCAUGAAAUGAGCACAGUUUUCCAGUUCAGCUCGGAGACGUUUGCUUUGGCUGUUUGUGUUGUUAAUAGUCUGCUUGCAACAGUUAAGGCUCAGUUGAAAUAUCUCAAAUGCAUGGCCAUCACCUCACUGAUCCUUGCAGCAAAAAUCCACGAGGAAGAUGAGGUGAUCGCAUCGGUUAAACAUCUGCUGGAGCAAAGCGGAUGCAAAUUCUCCACAGCAGAGAUUCAUCGCAUGGAGCGAAUCAUUUUAAACAAACUGCAUUGGGACCUUUACAUCGCGACACCCAUCGAUUUCAUUUACAUCUUUCACGGGCUGUUGAUGAGCAAGUAUCCACACCUGAUGUUCGUGAACUCUCAGAAGAGUCCUUGUCUCCAGGCUUCGUUGUGGACCAGACAGGUACAGCAUUGUAUGGCUUGCCACCAACUCUGGCAGUUCAAGGGCUCCAUACUGGCUUUGGCCAUCAUCACUUUAGAGUUGGAGAGGUCGACACCCGAUUGGUUCUCGGUUUUUACCGGCCUGCUGAGGAAAGCACAGAUUGAAAGCACAGAGUUCAUUUGUUGUAAGGAGAUGGUGGACGAGUACCUCACGGGUCUCGAGCUGUCGUUACCCACCAAUGCAGUGUACAUUUUGGACCCCACCAGCAUGCUGAUGUUUAGGGGAUAUGACAUGCAGGAUGAAUACGGAGAUGGGAACAGAAAGGCAGACGUCCACGAGGACCAAGAGAUGGACGACUUCUGUGAUGGAUUCUGGUACCUUUAUGAUGAAGCCACAUCAAUGAAGGCAGAGAGACGUGGACCUGAAGAUACGAGCGCGACUUUUCAAGAAAAAAUCUCACCGUGUCCUCCUCUCCAGCCGCCUUCUAGUGAAUAAGCUAACACUCAUUUUUUGUAUGUUGAAAGCGGAUAAGUCGCUGAAUAGCACUUUGAUUUUUCUUUUAUGAAACGGCACUUUAAGUUUUUUUUUAUUUUAUAUGAAGUUACUUCCUUUUUGUAUUUUGGUCUAUUUUUUAUUUUACGUAUUGUAUAUAUUAUAUGUAUUAUGUGUUUAUCAGAAGUUUCAUUAUGGCAUAAUGCUUUAAUGUUAAUGGUGCUUUAACAAAAAAUGGUUUGUUCAAUUUAUUUUAUGUUGAUGUUUUUGUUAUUUGUGUGUCAGUUAUAAAAAAAACGCUUUAGACAUUUCAUAUCUUCCAAAGCAAUAUAACUGCCUUAAAUUUAAUGUGUAAGCUCAAUGUGAAAGUGAAAUGCCAGUCUAUGCAGCUGUUAUACUCCUUGUUUUAAUAAAACUUUGUUUUCUUCCUGUUUUUUUUUUUUAAAAGGCAGCUACAGUUGACAAAUUUACUGCUUUGAAAUGAAGCAAAUGUGACUUGUAUUAUUUUUCCCUAAACUGUUACAGAAGGGUUAAACUGAAAAUGACUGUAUUUCAUUAAAAAUUGCAGUUUUAUUUUACUUUAAUAAACAUUAAAUACAGCUUUUUGCACCUCA